AUGAAAAAGCAGAAGCAGGCCGCUGAAACAGAGGAGACUCUGUCCACAGCCAUGGCCGACGAUAGAAUAUCCAAUUUGCCAAUACAUACACUUCAUGACACAGAAAAUCUGCUGCAGAUGGUCAACUUCAAAGUUAAUUCUGUUUUAAUUGGGAUUGAAUCUGGUCAAAAAGAAGCUGUCCGAACAUGUCUACUCUCCAAACACUGGCGCUACAUAGGAUCAACCCGCCCCGACCUCGACUUCUACGAAGAACCGUUCAACGACACACAAGAAAAAUUUGUCUCGGUCGUCGACCGAACCCUACAAGGAUACCGUGAUCAAAACCUCUCCAUACACAAACUCCAUCUCAAUUUAUACUCACGACCGGCCGUCACUCUUCUCAAUAAAUGGAUUUCGAUGAUACCCACCCUCAACAUGAAAGUGUUUAAACUCAACUUUCUUUUAUAUCCUCACGACCUCCCCUCGGCAGUGUUCUUAGCCGAGUCCCUCGAAGACCUACAUCUGCGAAAAUGCAGGCUGAGCUUGGCCGAGAGCGUGCCGUUUAAAAGUUUGCGCACGCUCACCCUCGAACAGGUCCAAGUUGAUGGCCGCACUCUAGAGACAAAAAUGUUGGACUGCCCUUUGCUCAGGCGACUGGUCCUUGAUAAUUGUUGGCAGUUGAGAAACGUUAGGGUGAGCGAGGCGGCAUCGCCUGGGCUCAAGCACUUUGUAUUGCAUGAUUACAGCAACUGGAUCAGUGGGCGUAGUAUCGAAAUGGAUGUCCCGAAUAUUGAGACGGUGUCCAUAAGGGGCCCAUGGAUUUGGUCUCACCACCAAAGCGCAUUAUUGUUUUCUCGUCUCACGAAUUUGGAUCUCAAUAGUGUGAUCUUGUCGAGCGAGUCGUUCGACCUGUUAUCGUUCGCUUGCCCGACUCUUGAGAGCUUGACCGUAGAUAAUUGCUAUGGUUUCGAGGAAUUCCAUCUUGCAAGUAAUUCGGUCAAUUUCUUGCACUUCCGGACCACAGAAGUAUUGCUAAAAGGAGUUACGAUUUGUGCCCCCAACAUUGUCAGUUUCCAAUUCACUGCCCAUAUUUCCCAGGCGCUAGCCACAUUCUCUUUCACGACCACUACUUCCAAGGAGUGGUCCUCAGAAGUAUUUCUCUCUUCACAUAAGGAUGAUCCUGAUUUAGACCUCAAUUCAUGGUUCCUUAAGCUGAGACGAUUGCUAAAGGCACUAAGUGGGUCUUGGAUUUCUCUGCUUUUGCAGAUGGACGCCGGCCCUCGGGACGUGCCCUGUAGUGCUGUUCUCGGUGGCGAGCCGCCUGUGGUGUUGCGGUACUUGAUUUUUGGUACAUGUAAAUGUCACAGGGUGGCUUGGUACAUGGGAUUUACCAAUGGCUUGUUUCGUGUUUGUCGACCGAGUCAUGUAUAUGGUUGUAGGGCCGUGAGCGAGUCGGGCGGGAAUUACAGGCUCUCGGAGUUUCAGUUAAAGUUGCUUGCAAACAAGAAAGUCAGGACCAAGACCUGUUUUUGGGGGCACGAUUUGGAGCAAGUGUUUGUGGAAAGUUUCGACGGGCAACAAUGGCAGCUCAUGCAGUGGAGGACACUCGGGGAGUUGCGAAAACGAACACAAGACAGGAAUAUUCGCCUUAGAUUGAAAUGGAGAUGUUAG